CUUCACCGUCCGCUGGCGCGCGGCGCAGGCCUCCGACGCAGUGAGUGUGGACCUGGCCGGCCACACCCGGCAGUACGUCAUCCGGCGCCAGCUGCCGCCGGCAGACUACGUCAUCAACGUAACGGCCGUCAGUCCGGCCGGCGCGGCCUCGCACAUCAGCACCGUCAGCAUGCUCGGGAUCCGCCGAUGUGAGCGCGGCGUCCGGCACUGCCGACGUGCGCACCGGCACGCCCUCCGUCGGCCUGCGAGUGGUGGUGCCAGUGCUGGCCGGCUUGCUCAGCCUGCUGAUGAUCACCUCCGCCGGCUACCUCUGCGUCAGGAGACGACGGCGGAAGACGCCAUUGUAUCUGCCGGAGCCCCCUGGGUACGACGAAAGGAGCAGCGACUACAGCAAGACAAUGGAGCCUCGUCUGCCGCGCCAGUCACCUCCGCCGCCCAGUCUCCUCCGGGGCUCAGGCGGCGUGACGGACGUGUGCCCGUACGCCACGUUCUACCCGCGCGGUCCGGAGCGGUCGUCGCCGGGGGUGGGCGGCGCCGGACACUACGCCGCGCUGCUGCCGCUGGAGGCGGCGCCCCGGCCCGACAAGGAGGGCCGGUACGCCGACCCGCGCCACCACGUCAGCACACUGCCAGCUCGCCGGGGGCAAGUUUCAGCGGGGCCGCAGUUUGCCGGCCAGUGACGAGUACGACUCGCCCGAGGUCGAAUCCGACUCGGCCAGCGACCCGGGACUGGUGCGGUCCUCGUCCCUGCACCGCGGCCAGCGCUCCUUCCACAGAGAUAUGUCACGGUGCGCCGAGUCUUCCAGCUCCUCCUGCCAGGUGUCUCCUGACGUCAGGUCAAGGUCAUUCUCCGUCAAACGCACCAAACGGAAGAGGCGCCGCGCUCGCACGCCCGUGCUGAUGCCGCCGUCACCCGAGUACGGCGCGGCCGCCGUCGGCCGCGGUCGG